AUGGACGACGCGGAAAGAGUCGAGGUAGGCUUUCAGACGGACAAAACGGCCGACGCGGACGCACUGCUGCACCUGUCGGUGCGGUACGAGGGCCAGCGGGUUGUGCGCACGGCCCGGCUCGGCGGCCAGUGGCAGCCGGCGGCCGACGACGUGCCGGAUGAGGCGGGCGCCACCGCCAGGGUGCUGCAGCGGCUCGUGCCCGGCAAGGUGUUCACGCUGUACGUGCUCGUGGGCGACCAGCAGUUCCAUGUGGCGCUCGGCGGCACCCCGGUCGGGACGUACCCGAUCCGGGGCCCGCUCGCCGACAUCAAGGCGAUCACGAUCACGCGCGACGUGCACCAGGUGCUGUCCGUCGACCAUCGGCAGUCGUUCCCGGUGCCGUAUCCGGCGCUGCAGGGCGACGACGGUACCGCCUACUACUUCUCCAACGACGUCCCGAAACCGUUCCUGCCAGGCCACAUCAUCAUCCUGACCGCCAUCCCGUACGGCAAUCCGCGCGGCGGCUUCAUCCUGAAGUUCAACGAGAAUGGCAGCAAGCGGCAGGCACUGCACUUCAAUCCCCGCUUCGAUCCGCACUACGUGGUCGUGCGGAAUUCGCACGCGUCCGACGCGCUCGACUUCCGGCAGGAGGAACGGUCCGGCGGCUUCCCCUUCAUCAUCGACCAGCAGUUCAAGCUGGCGAUCGGGCUGGCGGAGCAGGAGUUCAAGUUCGCCGUCAACGGGAGCAGGUUCGAGACGUACGCGUACAGGGCGCCCCGCCAGCUGGACGUGCUGAACGGCUUCCGCAUCGAGUGUACCGGCGGGCUGCAGCUGGAGGUGACCGCCGUCGACCAUUACUACUCGGGCGUCCCGAGCUGUGCCGGCUUCGAGGAGUACUCCGACCCGGACGUCGACAUCAUGUAG